AGCCCGACCCAUCUCGUCCUCCCCUCUCCUCGUCUCCUCCCUCCCCGCGCCGCCAGCCCGCCACCCCCUCGAAACCCUAACCCUAGCCGCCCCCGGGAGGCUGGGAGGAGAGCUCGCGGCACCAGCCAUGGCGGAGCACGACCUCACCGCGCUGCUGGCGGCGCAGAUGGACCGCCACCUGGUGUUCCCGCUCCUGGAGUUCCUGCAGGAGCGGCAGUUCUACUCGGAGCCGGAGAUCCUGGAGGCCAAGAUCCGCCUCCUCAGCGGCACCAACAUGGUCGACUACGCCAUGGACAUCCACAAGUCCCUCCACGGCACCGACGACGUCCCCGAGGACAUGGUCAGGCGCCGCACCGAGGUCGUCUCCAGGCUCAGGUCGCUCGAGGAGGCCGCCGCCCCGCUCGUCACCUUCCUUCAGAACCCGCAGCUCGUGCAGGAGCUCAGGCCCGACAAGCAGUACAACAUCCACAUGCUCCAGGACCGGUACCAGAUUGGUCCUGAUCAGAUUGAGGCUUUGUAUCAGUAUGCUAAAUUUCAGUUUGAGUGUGGUAACUACUCGGGGGCUGCUGACUACCUGUACCAGUAUCGUGCUCUGUGCACCAACAGUGAGAGGAGUGUGAGUGCCCUUUGGGGAAAGCUUGCAGCAGAAAUUCUGAUGCAGAACUGGGAUGUAGCUUUGGAAGAACUCAACCGCUUGAAGGAAAUAAUUGAUUCGAAGAACUUCUCAUCACCUCUUAAUCAGCUCCAGAACAGGAUAUGGCUGAUGCAUUGGGCUCUUUUCAUCUUCUUCAACCAUGAGAAUGGUAGAAAUGGGAUCAUUGAUCUGUUCUUCCAGGACAGGUACUUGAAUGCUAUUCAGACCAAUGCACACCAUCUCCUGAGAUACCUAGCUACUGCAGUUGUUGUGAACAAAAGGAGAAGGAAUAUGCUUAAAGAGCUGAUUAAAGUCAUUCAGCAGGAGCAGCAUAGCUACAAGGAUCCCAUAACUGAAUUUCUGGAAUGCUUAUAUGUCAACUAUGAUUUUGAUGGUGCUCAGCUGAAACUCAUGGAGUGCGAGCAGGUUAUAUUGAAUGAUCCUUUCCUGGGAAAGCGCAUUGAAGAAGGAAAUUUCGUCACUGUCCCUUUGAGAGAUGAGUUCCUUGAAAAUGCUCGUCUGUUUAUUUUCGAGACUUACUGCCGUAUUCAUCGGUGCAUUGAUAUCAGCAUGCUUUCGCAGAAGCUGAACAUGAGCUACGAUGAGGCAGAGUUGUGGAUAAUGAACUUGGUUAGGAGCUCAAAACUGGAUGCAAGGAUCGAUUCAGUGUCAGGAACCCUUAUCAUGACGACCAAUCACGUCAAUGUGCAUGAGCAGAUUAUCGAGAGCUUGAAGGGCCUUAACAUGCGGACCUACAUGCUAGCAAAGAACAUCGUGGAGCCAGCUCAAGCAACACAGCAGGCAACUCGGUGAAGCUUGCAGAGUCUACAGUUUUGAGGUGCCAAGGAUUAGUUACAUUAGAGGAAGAGCUGUAAACUUUUGGAGCUCUGUUGUUGGUCAGUGACUGUCAUCAGUAUUUGAACACCUGAGUGGUGGUUUGCAGUUUGCUACAGCUUAUGCUUACAUUUUCAGUAUUUUGUACUCGGAAUUUCAUAACAAGUGAUCCUUCUUUAUGUACUACUAUAGUGAAUGAUGCAACCGGAUGUAUGUGUUUGGCGUUUA